GAAAUUGCGCCAAUUUUUAAGCGAGGGAAUUCUACGGUUCUACCCUACCGAUUGAGGUUCGUCGGAGUAAAAUCAUUCUCUUCCUCGCCAUGGAAAUCGAUUCACAGAAGAAUCUCCAGCGCAAGCAGUGUACCUAUGAAAUAUUGGAUGAGCAGUACAAGAUUCAGAAGGAGACGUACAAGGGCCAGCAAUACAGUCAUAUUUACUUUGUUCGACUCCACUUGAUAAGAACGAUACUUCAUUCACUUGUAUCUAAGUGGAAACCCCAUUUACCUGUUCGUACUGUAUUGGAGUUGGAGGAAGGCAAGGAAUGUGUCAUCGUUGGAACCCUCUACAAGCACAUGAAACUUAAACCUACCAUUCUGGACGAGUAUUCAAAGGAGAGAUCUGUCACCCCACUUGUUAAGCCACACAACUUUAUGCAUCCAGAUGAUUAUCUAGUCUUGGAAGAUGACAGUGGGAGAGUAAAGCUUUCUGGGGCUGUGCUUUUACCUUCUGUAUAUGCUACAGGGAUUAUUGUUGCAUUGCAUGGAAAGGAAACCUGUGUUGGUGACUUUUUUGUUGAUGACAUCCUAGAAGCUGGCUUGCCACCUCAGAUAGAGCGGCCUCUCAUACCAAACGAAGAUAAAUACGUGGUUUUUGUGUCGGGCCUAAGUAUUGGGAGCAGUUGCUCUAAUCCUCUACAGUUUCAGCUGCUUGUUGAUCAUAUAACAGGACAUUUAGGGGAUGAGAAGGAACAAGGGAUUGCGGCUCAAGUAGUUCAUGUUGUUAUUGCUGGGAAUUCCGUUGAAAUUCCUCGUGGACUUUUAAAUGGGCAGCACUUAUCUGCUAAGGACCAAACGAAGCUGACAGAACCGCUUAAAGAGUUAGAUAUCCUGUUGAAUCAGCUUGCUGCAGGUUUAUCUGUGGACAUCAUGCCGGGUCCCAGUGACCCAGCCAAUUUUUCGUUACCCCAGCAGCCUUUGCACAGAUGCCUUUUUCCUGGAUCGUCAGCUUAUAACACUUUCAGAUCUUGCACUAACCCUCAUUGUUUUGAGCUUGAUAAUUUCAGGUUUCUUGGAACAUCAGGCCAGAAUGUGGACGAUCUUGACAAGUAUUCCGAAGCUAAAGAUAAACUUGAAUUUAUGGAGAGGAGCUUGAGAUGGAGGCAUCUAGCACCAACUGCUCCAAAUACUCUUGGUUGUUACCCUUUCACCGAUCGAGAUCCUUUCCUGAUUGAAAGCUGUCCUCAUGUCUAUUUUAUUGGCAAUCAGGACAAGUUUGAUACUCGCUUAAUAAAGGGUUCUGAAGGACAGAUGGUAAGACUCAUCGCAAUUCCAAGAUUUUGCGAGAAUGGGGUUGCCGUAAUGCUUAAUUUGAGAAAUCUCGACUGCCACGUUCUGAGUUUCGAGACUGAAUUCAGCUGAUUAUUAUGUCAAAAGAAACAUUAAAGCGAUCGAUCGAGAAUCUGGUUUGGAAUUCAGUUGUUUAUGUAUGGUGUAAAAAGGGUUUGCAGUGAAAUGCAGAAUGAUCGCCAUUUUCUC